CUUUAUAAUACAGUUCGGGGUUUCACGGUUCAAGGGAUACUCUGAAUUUAGUCACUUAGUUCUUCGUUUUUCGAGGAAUGAGUUAAAUUUUCUUCGAUCCCAAGUUUUCAGCCAAUCGCAGGCGAGUGUGGGCGUGGCCAGACGCUGAGCGUGUUCCGUGCGGAAAGUUCGCCGGUCCGGGUGCAAAGUUUCAGCCGUCUGCAGACCGGAGGCAGAAGACGAGCACUAUAACCGGACCGAACUACGGUCCCCAGCGCUCAUUACACACGGAUCGAAGUAUCGCUUACUGUCUGUCUGUCGAAACGAGUUCGGUUAUGGGAUAUUAACCCGAAGGGGCAUCGUGUUGAUUUAAAGCUUUGUUUCGUGCUCUGCUCGCGGUGGAAUCAUGGCCUGCGCGCCGAACCGGGUCCGCCUGCUGUGCAUGCUGUCGCUCACCUUCGGCUAUUUCAUUGUGGAGGUGGUGGUGAGCCGGAUCACGUCGUCUUUAGCGAUGCUUUCGGACUCCUUUCAUAUGCUGUCGGACGUGAUCGCGCUGGUCGUGGCUCUGGUAGCGGUGCGUUUCGCGGAGCAGACCCAGUCCACCAACAAAAACACGUUCGGCUGGAUCCGGGCCGAGGUGAUGGGCGCCCUGGUCAACGCCGUUUUCCUCACCGCGCUUUGCUUUACCAUCAUCCUGGAGGCCAUCGAGCGCUUCACGGAGCCUCAUGAGAUCGAGCAGCCCGUGGUGGUGAUCACGGUGGGGGCUGUGGGGCUGCUGGUCAACCUGCUCGGGCUCUGUCUCUUUCACGGGCACGCCGGAGGCGGCGGACACGGCCACAGCCACGGGGGACACAAAAAACACAAGAACGGGAAGGUGCGCCGGUGUGAGACGCUGGAGGAUAGUCGGGCCGCGGGCGAGGAGACCAAUAAUCUGGUCGGGAAUCAGAACAACAGCCCAAAUGGCGUUAAUCCGGUCAGGAGCAGAGCCGGUAAAUCGGAGAUGUGUCACAAUGACAGCCUGGAUUUGCAGAUUAACGGCGGCGCUCCGUACGAAGAGCUCGAGAAUGGACACGACUCGGCGUCCCAGCUCAACAUGCGGGGGGUUUUCCUGCACGUCCUGGGCGACGCUCUCGGCUCGGUCAUCGUGGUGAUCAACGCCAUCAUCUUCAACAUCGUAUGGAAGCCAUGCUCUCCGGGCAGUAUCUGUGAGAACCCUUGUGUAGGCCAACAUUGCGCUGACCACUCGCUCAACAGCAGCAGUGCAAUAUCCAACGCCACUUUGCACGUAGCGGGACCCUGCUGGGUGCUGUAUCUCGACCCCACCCUCUGCAUCAUUAUGGUCCUCAUCCUCCUCUACACCACAUACCCGUUGUUGAAGGAGUCUGCACUUAUCCUGCUACAGACCGUGCCCAAGCAAAUCGACAUGCAUCAGCUCAACGCUCGCCUGAGGGAUCUGGAGGGUGUGCUGGCGGUGCACGAGCUGCACAUCUGGCAGCUGGCAGGCAGUCGCAUCAUCGCCACCGCGCACAUCAAAUGCCACGACCCCACGUCCUACAUGGACGUAGCCAAGCGUAUCAAGGACUUUUUCCACAAUGAGGGCAUCCACGCUACAACCAUUCAACCAGAAUUCGUAACGGUGAACUCGGAGUCUCGCAUUUCACUCUGCGAGCUCUCCUGUAGAACGCAGUGCGCCCCAAAGCUCUGCUGUGGCGCCGUUGAUGCUGCAAAGCCUCCUGAUGGAGCUAUAGAACCGAAGAAUCCAUGUGAAGCCAAAACCCCAACGGUAACCAGUACUUCUGCUACAUCUCUGGAGAUCAUCAGCGAGUCUGUGGAGGAAACAAGCAGGCCAGAAUCCGUUGUGAUCAUCACUAGGGAGGUGGAAUCGUCAUUGUGAGCGAGGAGAAGGUUAGACGGAGAACAUUCUGUUCUCUUAAGAGUACUGAAGUGUAUUGACUCAGCUGACUGAUUUCUGCCAUGCUGUGAGAAGAACUGAGCCCAAA